GUUCUUUCAUUUUACCUCAACACCGAAAUUUCUUUCCCCUGUGCUAUCGAUAGGUGGACCAAAACAACUACACAGCCUUUUUGUCCUGUACCGAGUGAUGCUGUUUGCCCACCAGUCGGCUUUAAAGCUAUGAUUAGAGGGGUUUCAUUAAACUGAUGCGCAGCUGUUAAACGGCUCUGAGUGUUUUUUUAUGUUAGCAGAAGCUAAGCUGCUAACAGCUCAGGAGCAGCUAGCUUGAUGUUGUUUAUCCACCGGACUCCUGCUGCCUAACGAUCAUCUGGAUCAUCCAAAAACACUUCAGCUAAUCCCUUUGGGGAAAAGAAAGAUAGAGGAAGUUGGUGGGAUCCUAACACCCCUUGUCACUAUCAACCUUGGAGAUGACAUCACAACAACAACCAAUCCCAAAUGCCGGUAUUCCUGCUCAUCUUGUACCAAACUCCUCUGCUCAAUCCCAACUGCAGUCUAACCGAGUGGACUCCGGUCAGAGGCGGGGGAAUGGCAGCCCUCUGGAACACAGAGCUUUGACGAGCAGACGAGGCUGCCGCAGUGGGGCGACUGCCAGCGAAGAGAUGGCUAACAGAGACAAUUCAACUCGCUCCACAAACUCGAGUUCAUCCAGAGAAGACCGGGGUUUUGAACCCUGGCCUGAGGAAGUGAUAGACAGCUCCCAUGGUCUGUACUCCCUUCAUCGCAUGUUUGACAUAGUUGGAGCCCAGCUAACACACCGGGAUGUCAGGGUGCUGUCGUUCCUGUUUGUUGACGUGAUUGACGAGUACGAGCGUGGUGGCAUCAGGAGUGGAAGAGAUUUCCUGCUGGCAUUGGAACGCCAGGGCCGAUGUGACGAGACGAACUUCCGACAUGUUCUCCAGCUUCUAAGGAUAAUCACCCGCCAUGACCUCCUGCCUUAUGUCACCCUCAGGAAACGGCAAACUGUGUGCCCAGAUCCUGUUGACCAGUACUUGGAGGAAACAUCUGUGCGAUACAUUUCACCCAGAGGAACAGAGCAGUGUAAGGACGCCGCGGCUCACAGAAGAACGGGUCCACACCCAUUCAUAUGUUGCUCCCCAUCAGCAUCGCAUGUUGGCUCUCCUCGAACUAAGCCCACCCCGCCUGCCCCGCACCGCAAACGGAAGAGAAGUAAUUCAUCCGCUGACUGCAAAGAAAAGCAAACUUGUGAUAUUCGUCUCCGGGUUCGUGCAGAAUAUUGCCAGCAUGAGUCUGCCCUACAAGGAAACAUCUUCUCCAACAAGCAGGAGGCGGUGGAGCGACAGUUUGAGCGCUUCAACCAAGCCAACACUAUCCUGAAAUCCAGAGACUUGGGCUCCAUCAUCUGCGACAUCAAGUUUUCAGAGCUCACCUACUUGGACGCCUUCUGGAGGGACUACAUCAACGGCUCGUUGCUGGAGGCCCUCAAAGGGGUCUUCAUCACAGAUUCCCUGAAACAAGCUGUGGGCCACGAGGCUAUAAAACUGCUAGUCAAUGUAGACGAGGAGGACUACCUGGCCGGUCGGUGCAAACUGCUCCGGAAUUUGGUUGCAAGUGGAGGAAGUCUACGCGUGGGUAACCGAGACGCCGUGUCCUAGAUGGACUCUAGGAAUAUCAGCGUAUGGGAGCAGUCUGGCUGUGCUUCCUGCUUAAAGAAAAGCGUGAGAUGUGGUUGUAUUCUUCAAUGUGUGUGCUUGAAAGGAACUUAAGAGCCUCAAGCCCAUUUAUUCCUAAAGAGUUAAUCUUAUUGGAUAUCUACUCGGCACCCCUUAAGCAUAGCAUGCGAGGAGAUCUGGAACCAUCCAGGUGCUGCACACAGGCAUCAGUCUGGCUGUAGAAUAUUUCAGUUCAAGCAGGGAACGGGAAUAAUGUGUGCAUUCAACUUUCUUUUCCUCGUUGCUGUAUGUUUGACCUCUCAAGCUGUUUUCUUAAUGCCAUUAAAGACACGUUUCACCCCGAAUCAAAGUGAAGUUAUUUUCAGUGCAGGAUUCUCGUUAUUAACAAGUUUGACCUCAUUAGAAAAUGUAUUUUUACUGGUUUUUCAUUGUUCCCACUUCAUGGAUUAUGUAACCCAUUUAUUGCAGGUACAGAGAACAGCUGGCUCACAGCUUCUCAGACUGAAACAUGUAUUACUGUUAUUGUUCAACACUACCCAUAUUUAGACCCAUUAUUGUGUGGAUCUGAUGUAAAUGGAUGAUCACAUUGGUGCAUUUUCAACCACUGUGUCUUUGAUUGAAACUGUAGGAAUGAACUCAUCGUCCCGGUGUAGUAAGUCCGUUACUGAUGUUUUAUUUUUUUAAUGACAAAAUGUCGGACUCUUCCAACCUGUACUUCCUCCCUCGUUCUUGUCAUUCAUGUUACACAGUUUUUUCUUUUUUUUUUAUUGAAACUACACUUAAAAUAAAGGAUCAUAAAUC